AUGAUUUCGAUACAGUUUACUGUUUUAAGGGGACUAUGCGUUCUGUCCCUUCUCCAUGUCGUCAAAGCCGACGCCCCGAGACCUUCCUUGCUUGUUUUCACCGGCGUCCAUCGAGAGCAAGCCAUAGACGUUUGGGCUCUGACGAAUCAUCUCGUUUCGUCACGAGGUUACGUGGCCCAGGUACUGGCACCCGAGCCUUUGGCGGAAGAUUUCCGGCAAACAGCUGGCAUCGAGGCUGGCAAACCGGGACAUGAGGAUUGCCGCUCAACCUCGUUGACCCUUGUAGCAUACCCCAGCAUUUCCUUUGAGGAGUAUCACGUGGACAGCCGCGGAGCGAUACACGAAUUGACGGGCAUGCUGGACUUCCAUCUUGCGAACUGCGCUGGGUUAAUCACCAACCGGACGUUGGUGGACUUAUUGUCUAGGCAGAACUUUACCGCCAUGCUAGGUGUGGCUAUGGAUCCCUGUUCGACCCUCCUUGCGGAUAAGCUCAAGAUCCGGCGCCGCGCCGCGUACGACGACGGCGCCGCUACAAGCCUAUUGUGGGGCAUUCUGCUGGGCCAGGGUAUACCCACGAGCCACGUGGCAGCGUACGGCACGCGUCUUGGAGGCGGCGACAUGAGUCUUAUGCAGCGCAUCCAUAAUGUCGUACAGUACCACCGGCUGCAGCUGUGGCACCGGCGGGUGUAUGAGCCCCGGUUGGCGGCGUUCCGUCAGCGUCACCGUCUGUGGGCCCUGCCUGCGCCUGUGGUUCCUGGAAGCGAGGGGGGUGAGGGAGGCCUGGGGCCAGCCGGGGUCCGCCCGGGUGCUAGCAGAGGGAGGCCCGCAUGCCACCUGCGGGGUCAGGUGGUCAUCACGGGUGCGGACUGGGGCCUCGUGGAGCCGCAGCCCCUGCUCCCGCAGGUUAAGAUGGUGGGUCCUAUCAGGGCGGCGCUGCCAGAGGCCCCUGUCACUCUGGCACCAGCGGUGGGGCCGAAGGCGGAGGCGAUGGAAUCGGAUGCAGCAGCCACAGCAGCAGGGAGUGUUGCGGGUGUUAGCGCCGCGUCCGCUGUCGCAGCCGCUACGCCGGCAUCCCUGCUACAACCCCCUGAGUUGGCGGCGCAUGUAGCAGGGGCUGAGACGGGCGUCGUGGUCAUCUACCUCCCCUCGGAUUACAGGUUACCCCUGCGGGCGCUGUUGGCCAUGGCGGAGGCCGUCAUCGACCUGAAGCAGCGAAUCGUGUGGCAGGCGGCAGCGGCAGACAUUGCCAGGGUCCGCCAGCUGUACCUGCCCCUCAAACACGCCCGUCACGUGCUGAUGCUCCCCUCCCUGCCCCUGAGGGAGCUCAUGGCGCACCCCAAAGUGGUGUCACUGGUCACUGCGGGGAGUGUGCAGGCAAUCUACGCCGCACUGUACGUUGGUAAGCCCGUCAUGGCGGUGCCCCUGAACACCGCCCAGGAGGGCCUGGCUGCCCGGCUAGCGGCGCUGGGUGCAGGCCAGAGACUGAGUCGCGCUGAGCUGGAGGGUGGAGCGGCCUCGUACCGGGUCAGUGUGGCCAUCGAGCGAAUGAGCAACGUGUACAGCUUUACCCAGUCCAUGCAGUUGCUGUCCACACAGCUCCGAGCGACCCUUGGGUCGCAGUCCCCUUUGGAGCGCGCUGCCGCCUGGGUGGACUACACCAUCUCUCUUGACGAGGCGGGCCGCCAGUACCUGGUCCCAAGAUCGAUCCCGGCAGGGAGCCAUAGUGGAGGCAACGGUGUUGGUGGUGGCAUUGGCACUGGCGCGCCCGCCGCAGGUGGCGGCGGCGGCUGCAUGGCCCCCUUGGAGGCCGCAAAUGCAGCGGCAUACGGCAUGCUGGCAGCUGCAGGGCUGGGCUCGGCGGCGCUGGUGGCACUUGUUGUGCACGUGUGUACUCGCGUGCCGCCGCCGCCGCAGCUGGCGGCGGCACGGAAGCGCACGCGGGCCAUGGUCAAGGCCAAGGACGAAUAG